UUAUUAGUAAGUAUUUUUUAUUUUACUGUCAUCUGCAAAUAAUCAUUUAAAUUCCUUCUGUAUAAUCAAGUUGGUUUUCUUGAAGGAAUAGAAAAGAUAACCAUUUCUCAAAUAACAUAUCCAUAACAUAAUCAAAAAAAAUUUUUUUAAGUUCAUACUGAAGAUUUUUCUUUUCAUGAUCCAUCUUUUUAAUAAUUCUAGUAAAUAAGUAGAUUAGCAUUACACCAACAAUAAUACAUUUACUCCAGCAACUAGAAGCACUUACCAAUUUUUAAGAAUUAUAUUUGUUUUGUGCUCUGCAGGUGUCUAUUAUGCCCACCUGUACCAGAACCCAGGAGAUGAUGAGCCAUUAAUGUAGAAUAAGAUCUGGCUCUAAAGAAAGAGGCUCACUGGCCCAUUCAUCAAACUUGAGAGAUGUUGAAAAUUAAACAUCCCCAGUUCAUCCAUGAGCUCAGAUUUCCCACAUUACAACUUCAGGAUGCCUAAUAUUGGAUUCCAGAAUCUGCCUCUCAACAUAUAUAUUGUGGUUUUUGGCACUGCUAUAUUUGUCUUCAUCCUUAGUUUACUCUUCUGUUGCUACUUGAUUAGGCUAAGACAUCAAGCACACAAAGAAUUUUAUGCCUACAAACAGGUUAUAUUAAAAGAGAAAGUAAAAGAACUGAAUUUACAUGAGCUCUGUGCAGUGUGUCUAGAAGACUUCAAGCCUCGAGAUGAGUUGGGCAUUUGUCCAUGUAAGCAUGCCUUUCACAGAAAGUGCCUUAUUAAGUGGCUCGAGGUUCGUAAAGUAUGUCCACUGUGUAACAUGCCAGUUCUGCAGCUGGCCCAGCUGCACAGUAAGCAGGACCGUGGACCCCCGCAGGGGCCCCUGCCCGGGGCAGAGAACAUCGUAUAGCUCCCCCAAGGACCAAACUGCUGUGGGAUCCGACAUCCAUAUGGAGCCAGGAGGAACACAAGCGGUCUCUGCAUUGGCUGCUCUACCUGGGGCACCAGCUGCCACUUCCUUUGCCUCAUGAAGAACUCGGGCCAGCUACGCUGGGAAGCCAGACUGCUGGGUCUUGUGACAACCAAAGCACGCUGACACUACCCCAUGCCAAGAGAAGAGGAGUGGAUGAUGGAUAAGCCUUCCGGUUACGUUCAAGAAAUUUCAUGAGGGUCUCUUGCUGACGCCAUUACUCUGUCUCCCAGAUACUUUUCUCCAUGUCAAGGUGAAUCUUUAUCAAGCAGAAGGGAAGAUAGGAUUGUUAGAGAAGGGAACUGAGGGCAGGUGUUUAAUGCCCCCCCACCCACCCCCCACCCUGUGGACAGAUGAGCUUCUAUGCAGACCAUGCAUGCUUUUGCAGCAGCAGACCCUCCUGGCAGUCCCUGAGCCAAGUAAAACCAGCGGUGACCUCAGCUGAAGCCCGACUGGUUACCAGUGAUUGGUGAGGCAGUGCCAACAAGGCUUUUCACAUUAUGUUCCUUUGAUAAGGUCAUCUUGGAACCCAGGGGCUUUGGUUACCACAGAGCAGCAGUGCCCCCUCGCCACUCCUUCUCCCUCAAGUUCAUGACACUUGCUUAUCAAAUCAUCUAAACACAUUAGAUGCGCUUGGAAAGGCUUGGUCAGAAGUCAUUUCCUCUUAUUCUUGCCUGCCCCCCCCAAACUCCCCAGUGAAGCCCAGCCAGGCCGCCCAUCUGGAGCCCCAGCAGGGGAUGUGCUGUCCGUGUGUGACCCAGGGAGCCUCAGGGUGCUGCCCACCCCCAUACAGUGGGGUUCCAGUGCAGCUGCUGGUCUUAGCCCACUGCCUCAGUAAGGAGCUGCUGUGAGCCUCUCAGAUGGCUCCCAAGGGGAGCUUCUUCCUGAGAAUGGCCAGUCUUCCUGGCCCUGCUGAGACGAGAGGAUGCUGACUCCCUUGCCUCUCUCCACUCCUUCCGUUUCCUUCCCUCUCCUGCCCUGUGUUUCUACUUAAGAGAAAAUGCCUGUCAUUGGCUUUUUAACAAUUUGAAGCAUCCCAAAUAAGAUCUUUCUGUAAUUCUGAAGCGAGGGAUCCACUUGAAAUUGUAAAUAGUUUCAGGAAGCUCCCGUAGCGCUGUUCACCCAUUGGUGUGUGCCUCAGUAUUCAGACUUGCGAUAAGUAAGUUAAAGUGUCUUUAUAGGAGAGAAAUGCAUGCUGCUCUUUGGCUCUUUCUGUCCAACUUUUCUAGAAAUGACUGAAGAGUCCAUUCGGAUUCAUGAAUACUGUAUAAAUUUGCCAUCUGAAGUGGCUUUGGGUCAGAUAGAAAGUUCUUUUCCACGGCACUGCUUUCCACCUCCUUCUGUUAUAGGGUGGACUCUUCGUCAAGAGCUUUGCCUCUGCUCCAUUCCCCAGGUGUGAGUGAGGACAGUUUCUUAUUGGAAAUGUGGUCUGCAUGGUAUGGAGAGAGAAUGGAGGAAGCUUUACUACUCUGUUCAUGGCAUGUCUCCAGGGAUUUUUUUCUGGAUUCGUCUCUACCAUCUUAGAAUGGGAGACAGAACCUGUCCUUGGCUCAGAUGGCUGGGGUCAGAUGAGGAAAAUUCCCAUUAGCCUAGGAAAGUGCUGGACAAAAUCCAGUUUGGAAAAUUACAAAUCCAGUUGGUCAGAAUUGGCUGUUUCCUCCUUGUGACCUAUUCAUGUCAUGCCAACUGGCUGCUUCAACAGGGCAAGGAAGUGUGGGGUAUUUUUAUAUGAAAGCCUUUGCCUGUUGGGCAUCCUUGAAAAGAGAUUUUCAUGCGCUCCUACUUUCACCAUUUCUGCGUUGUGUUGGUAGCACAAUGGAGUUGAAUACUGCAAAGCACCCAGUUUACAGUGAAAUGUUUCCAGUGACCAGUGUCAAAAGUAGGUCUGCUUCUAGACUAGCCUCAGUUGUGGCCAACACCCACCAUUCCCCAUGGGAUGGCUUGGGACAGAUCUCACCUUGUUACGAGGUUCCAACAGGAAAGAGAAUUUUUCCCCUGAAGGGAGGAAUUCGCAUGCUCUAAAAACUGCAAAUGAUUUCAGCUCACAGCUUUGGCAAGAUUAUAACUCAUCAGUUGCAGCUUUUUUCUGUCCCUGUAUGUGUGGGUAGAUUAGUUCAUUUCCCUGUCACAGGAAGGGCAAGUUGAUAUGGUCGGUGCAUAGUUCCAGCCAUUGGAGGAAAGCGCCAGAAUGCCGUGCACUCUCCAUUGGGCACCAACCCCCACGAGGUGCCGCUAACGUGACCUCCACACCUGUGAAUGCGGAGGGCCUUUUAAAUGCCACCCUUUCACCAGGGUGGGGCUGGAUAUGGAGUGGUGAAUAUUCACUCUGCUCGCCAUCUCCUUUCUUGGCUCGGUGUCCCACUGCAGCUCAGCCAGUGUCACCCAGAGUAGUAGUUCCUGCCACUCUUAGCAAGACAACCUGAAUGCACCUGCUCCCCACACCUGGGUCCUCCUCCAGGACUCUGUGCUGCACUGUCAUUAUUGCCAAUGGCCAGGGCUUAAUUUACAUCUUCAAUUCUGAUUAAAACACAGUUGUCUGUGGACAAGGUUAAAUCUUCAUCUGAACUUUUUAAAGAAUGAGUUAAGGAUCCCCUAAUACUCUUGGCACAGGCUCACACCUUACACUGAGGCCACCCUGGCCACAUCUAUCUUUUGUUAGGAAGUUGUUGGUGAUCUUUUGUUAAUCUGUAGACACGUGGGGCCUUUGGUCUGCUCUUGGGCCACUGGGGGGGUGACAUAGCAGGUUUUGGUUUUUUUGUUGUUUUUUUUUACUUUGUCUUGCUGUGUCUAAGCAGCUCAAAGAUCGGAUGUUACUUGUAUGCUGUGGGUUAAAAGAAUGUAACUCAGCCCCAACUGAACUCCAUGGGUGGCUGCAUCAUUAUCUAGUUGUUGCUAGGAGUACAGCUGAAUUCAGGUGGCUUUAGAAACAGGGAACAAAACCAGCCUGACUUGAUUCCUGAUUAAGUAGGCGUAAGACAUUGUCAUCUGCCGCUUCUCUCUGCCACAGUGUGAUGUGGUUGGGCCUGUCCCUGGCAGGUGAGGUCCUCGUAGCCUGUGUCCACCAAGGCAGGGAGCUGGACUAGACAGAAAUGGCCAGAUGCGAGUAGAUGGCCCACGGGGAAGUCUAAGCUGAGGAAUACAGGGAACAUUCCAUCAUUGCCAGAUAGCCUGUUCUUAACACAUCUUGACAAAAUUAAGAUCCUUUGCCCCAGUGCCAAGUCCCUUGGACCCAUUAGAGGACUAAUUUGUACCUUUCCACAGCCCCACUCCAAAGCCUGCCACCUCUGUGGCCUGGUCUUGCUCUGCUAAGCUAGUCUGAACUGUAGUAGUUUUUCUGAAAGUCUUUCUGAGAAUUAUGAAAUGAACACAGGGAGGAUCUGGACAGAAAAAGUGCUGAGUGAGUUUAAUCAUCCCUUGCCAUUCACCAGCCGUGUGUCUUUAUGCAAGUUAGCCUCCCGAAGCAGAUUUCCUUCUCUGCCCUCUAAGAAUUGUAGUGACAUCUUUGCUGGCUCUCAUGAGGACCAUACAUGUCCAAAGCCUGGUGGGCAGCAGGCCUGGGGUUGUGGAAGUUCCUAAUUAUAGGCAGGAUCAUGCCAGUCACAUAGGGCUCCUCUGUAGCUCAGGUAGCAACAAAACCUCAGCAAGAGCCUCCUGAGACACAGGAGCUCCCUUGGGGUAGGGCCUGCGUUUACCUGGGUCCCUUCCUUUUCCUCUCCUGAUCUUGCCAGUCACCUCCAUCUGUCUUUGCCCAUGGUGCUCCUUGGCAGCUAUUCCAUAAAUUUUUGAAUAGGUAAUCCCUUCAUAGAAUUCACAAAUCACGAGUCUUCCUUGCAUCCCUGACCUAGCGAGCCCAACUUAUUGCCCCUUGAACACCCGCUGUGUUCCACUAUGUUCCAUGUAGAUCCUUCCAGUGACCAUUUGUGCAUAAACAGGGAUUACACACAUGUAUAUAUAACUCUUCUCUUUUACUCAUGUGAUACCAGACCAGUAUAUCCAAGGAGCAUUCCUAUUCAUGGGGGAAGAGCCAUCUCAGAAGUCUGAAUAUCUGUACAAGGUGAGCCCAUAAUUGGAGGAUGUCUUUGCAAUCACAUUCCCUUUUGAAUAAGGCAUUUUUUAUUGAUUGCAGCAUACUAAAAUUCUAGUUUUCCAUACAAAGCAGAAAUAGCAAUCCCUCCCUGACCCUUACCACACACUCAGAUAAUAUGAGAGCACCACCAGUUUCCAGACUGCACAAGGACAGUCUGGUCUGUGACAGGACACCCAACAGCAGGCUCUGCUGUGUUGCUGAGAACAGCAAUGCAGGCCUCUCGUCCAGGUCCAACAGCCUUUACACCCCCCUGGUCCCCAUCCAACCCCAUCCGAUGGGGUGACGUCUGGCUACAACUGUCAUUUCUUAGGCGAGUUCUUGUGUUUCUGAGGCAGGAGUCUGAUAAGCAGCAGCAACCGAAGCCUGAGGCAUCCUUCUGUUUGGGGGACAGAUGUCUCAGAUGACGCUAAGCAGGUAGGUGGACAGUCUCCUCAAGACUAACCAUAGAUACACACACUUCAGUGUCCGUCUUCAAGGUCCUGGCUCUGCUCCCUUUCCCUCCCCACUCUUUAUGCACACAUUAAAAAGAAAAUGCUUGCCACAGAAUUUUUUCCAUUCGACAACAGAAAUCUUUUAAGAAAAAAAUGUCUUACAAAGCUGCUUCUUCCAGGCAGCCCUAGGGGGAGGGGCAUGGACUCCUACAUUGGUUCUCACCCCCCUCCCUGGCUUCCUGCCUCCCAGAGCAGCAGCCCAGCGCUUUCCUUGGAUUAAAAGUGCAAUUUAGGCCCCUAACCUGAAACUUGGAUUGUAUGUGAAAUGCCACCCUUCUGUCACCUGAGUAUCUGGCCCUGGGUUAGAAGGUCUUUCACAUCAGCUAUUACGAGUUUCUUAAGUAAAAGAGAUGAAUGUGUCUAAAUUCACAAUGUCUAAAUUCUGGUGAAAUCUGCAGUUGUUAACUGGAAGUGGUUCUUUAGUAGAUAAUAUUAAUGAAAGAUCCCCCAUGCCACGGACUGUGCUUCCACUUGAGUGGGAAUAUCACAAGAAAAAUAGAGGGGCUUGUUCAGUAAGUUUGUCUUUGUCCGGUUCAGCUUUAGAGCCCAACUUUGCAAAAUGCUAAUAGUUUGGUUCCACUUUCAGACCGAGCAUUGCACCCUUGCUUACCAAUCCAGUGCUCACUUCUGUGGCUCUCAGGUCACGGAGACCACCCUCCCUGCUCCAGGGACAUGGACCUAGAAUGUGGUCCCCGCCAAGGUCAAGGGACCAGUCUGUACUUGGUGAAGCUCCUCUCAGCUCCCUGUGCCUGCAUCUAGGGCCAGCUGCACACUGUCCCUCCCAGGCCAUGCUACAGCAGGUGGGUAGGUGGGGCCGGUGUUAGGGACGCUCCUCCUGGAGAGAGCCUGGUCUUCCAAGAGUGUUCCUCAUAACUGUCGUCUCUGGGUUUCUUGACAUCAUUGCCAGGAAGGAGGGGAGUAGUUUAGUCCUGUAGUUUAGCCCACUGGGGUUUACUCACUAGAUCUUGUAUAACUCCCUCAAAAAAAAAAAAAAAAAAAAA